CACUGUUUCCUUGAGGUACCAUAGUAGACGAGGGACAAUGGAGUUCAAUACGACGCCGUCAUAUUACGGUAACAGAGCCAGCGAGAGAGGCGCCGGAGGGAAGUUCAAGAAACCGGCGGCGAGGAAACCUCCGGCAACUCCUUACGACCGUCCACAACUGAACCAAACCGGUGGUCGGACCGGCUGGUUAUCGAAACUAGUUGAUCCGGCUUACCGUAUUAUCUCCGGCAGUGCCACCAGAAUCCUCCCAUCGUUCAUCUCCAAUGCCAUUGCCUCCACUCCUCCUCCUCCGCCUCCUGAAGAAAUUCACGGUGACUUAGAUAAAGAAGAUCCCGCAACAACACAAGAUUUAGGGAAUGACGAGAAAUGUACUCCAAGUUAUGUGAUAUCCAGAUCUUCUGAAGGAAAGGAAGAGGAUCAAAGAAUGGUAAAAUUGAAUGGGAUCUCCGAAGCAGAGAAGCAGGAAGAAGAGAAAUCACAGAAUUCCUCUGAUAAAUCUGAGAUUUCCAGAAUUGAGCGGCUCAUGCAGGGGAAAUCAUUUUCGAGAGAUGAAAUAAUGCGUUUGACAGAGAUAUUAAACUCGAGGGUUAUUGAUGACCAAGAAAAGAAAACUAGCAAAACAGCUGAAAGGGACGUUGGAAGGUUUCAUUUAACACACGAGACACCUAGAAGACCAUAUCACAAGAAGCAGGAUGAAAUGGAGUUUGCUAUGCCAGGAACUUCAACACCUCUUCCCCAAACAAAUUUUGCUAUGCCAGGAACUUCAACACCUCUUCCUCAAAUAAAUUUUGCUAUGCCAGGAGCUUCAACACCUCUUCCCCAAGCAAAUUUUGCUAUGCCAGGAACUUCAACACCUCUUCCCCAAACAAAUGUACAAGAUGAAGUUGGCGCUUCACCCAUUGAUAUUGCAAGAGCUUACAUGGGAAGUCGUAGGUUGGAAAAAGGAUAUGAUUCUUGCAGUCUUGUAUCCAAGGGAGAACAAGUUCCACAAAACAGGUUUCAUCCGCCACCUUCGCUUAAGUCAUCGAGUUGUUGGCCGGCUGCCAUGCUGCAAGAUCAGCAUAGUCAUAUUACUCCACAGAGUCAGAGAGGAUAUGGGCUUGUUGAGUUUCCGAGGACCCCAUACUCUAGAACUUUAUUACCGAAAUCCAGAGAUAGGACUCAGUCGCAGGCUGGUAGCAAGUGGCCAGAUCUCUCAGCGAAAACCUUCCAACAAUCUCAAUCAUCAAUCUACAGCCAGGAGAAGACUAGGAGUGAUUUACCUCAUCUAAGCUAUGGAUCUGCGGGACCCAUUCGGCGUAUACGGAAUAAAUUUGGAUCAGAAUCUCGGCCUCAGAGAUCCAUAUUCCUGAAUUCCAGAAAUGCUUCUUCACCUUUAGGAAAAAUUGGUGCUUCUGAAGUUUUCUCGCCUGCUUCUAGGAAGAACUUGGAAGUUGGUCAACCUAGUGGUGUCGAGAAGGACAAAUCAGUGCCGCAUAGAGCAAGCAGGUCUGAAGAAGCUAUGCCGCUCAAUGAGACUGUAAGAAAAAUAUUAGAGCAACUUGAUAGACACAAGCCCACUCCUGCAGAAAAGGAAGCUGAAUUGAAGCUGGCCAGCGAAUGGAAGAAAUAUCCCCGCAAUGAAAUCUCUGAUUCCACUCCAAAUGGUAAAACAAAAUCAUCACAUUUAGGAGAAUUUGGUAUGCGCAGGAACAAUGGGCUGGCAGCUGCCCGAUCGUCCAAGGAUGGAGAUAUUGGCACAGUCAAUCACGUGGAAAUAUCUCAGGAGCAAACUGUGCGUGAAGCUGACACUGCUGCGGAUGCUAGUGCUAAAGCUUCUAGCAUAGAUGGUGUAUUUGUUGCGACGACUGGAGCUGAUACAGUGCCUUCAUUCACUUUUAAGGUUGCUGAUUCCCAAGUUAAAAAUUUCUUUUCUGGUUCUCGCACUCCUAGUUUGGACCAGGACUCUGCAGGCACUGAUGAUGGACAGAAAGAUAAAGGUACUGAUGAAGGAAAGAAAGAUAAAGGUACUACCCCCCGGUGGCCUUUUCAUCAAAGUAAUGGGCAGAAUGCCACAACGUUAUCCAACUCCACGUGUUUUGAGCUACCAAGAAAUGCUGCUGGACAGGCCUCCGGGACAAAACCUACUUUGCCAUCCAUUUCUAUUAAUAAGCGGAAUCCUAGAAAUGCAACGUUCCCUGACAAUGGGUUUGGAUUCACUUUUCCAGUAGCUGCUUCAUCUGGUGCACUUUCAGAACCACCAACACCAUCCAUCAUGCCAUCGUCCUCAGCCAGUGUCCUCUCUCAGCCCACGGAUGCAUCCACUGUUCCAGUAUACAGCUUUGGCACGGGGAAAUCAGCUGAACGCUUGGUCUUCUCUUUUCCCUCUACGAGCAAUGCGUCUGUCUCCGUGGAUGCUUCAGAUCUAAAGUUCAGCUUUGGUGCAGACAGGAGAUCAAGACUAUCUUUCGGUGCAGUAGGAAAAGCAACAUGCUAGAUGAAACUUGGUAAUACUCCAGCUGCAGGAUCCACCCCAUGAUAGGGGAGACUUGUUUCAUAAUUUUUUUUUUGUAUUCUCACCUACAUUUAGGAUCUUGAUACUUUGUUUUUGCCACAGCUUUCAUUUUAUAGGAUGGAUGAAUACCUGAUAUUAAAAGUUUCAGUGAACAUAUUAUUGCAGAUUGACUGAUUGUGAGUUGCAACUUGCAAGCUCUAAGUCCCACUUUAAUAAACAUAUAAUUGGGGAUCGAUUUGAUUA